CGUGGUGGCAGCAACUGAGGUGAACUGACGCUCUCUCUCUCUCUUUCUCGUUCUCACCUUCCUCGCGCGUCAACUCCAGUCAACGAAACCCGCCCCCAACACACUGCCUUCCUGAUUUGCGGAGCCUCCGGUCAGCCUUAUCCUGGAGUCUCUAAUGCCUAUGUGGCGGAUGUGUGGGCGCCUCCACGUGUGCCAGCAGCCUUAUUAGCCACACUGAAUCGACCCAGACAGGUGUUUUGGGCCAUGCUCGCCUUGAGGACCCACAGCUAAAGGGGCUGGUGAUCGGAGGCUGGCAGAGAGGCCUGGGAGGGUGUUGUAAGCCUAUGCUGCCCGCGGUGCUCACCUUGAUCCACCCAGGAAUCGAAGCCCCAUGAACGCAUCGAGGGAGGAGUGGUGGGAGAGCACGGUCUUCGAUUACCAGGAGGAGGAGGAGGUGGCGGCGACACGCCGGGAGGGGCUGCGGACCAAGGAGACUCCCACCGCCAACCUCUCUACCGAUGAUCUGUUGGAGAACCUGACGUGGGCGCGAGAGCUUGGGGUGCCUCGCGUCUGGUUGCUCACCCACGCUGCCGUCGCGGUGCCGCCCGAGCUGCAUCUGCUGGUGGCACUCAUCCUCACCACCAUCGGGGUCCUUGGCACUGCCGGAAAUGCCAUUGUGGUCUGGGUGUUCACUAGGUUUCGGCGGCUGAGAACACCUGCUAACACCUUCAUUGUCAAUCUGGCGGCGAGUGACCUGAUUACCUCCGUGCUGCACUCCAUGGCUGCUUAUUCCUCCUUCAGACACCAGUGGUCCUUCGGAAGAUUAGGCUGCAGCGUGUACGGGGGCGGCGUGGGUCUGCUUGGUCUGGUGUCCAUCGUGACGCUCUCCUUUAUCGCAGUGGAGCGCCUCAUUGUCAUCAGAACCUCCUCCUCCUCCUCCAAGUGGCGCAUUACCCGUCCCAUCGCCAGGAAGCUGAUCCCCGCCAUCUGGGUCUACUGCUGCGCCCUCUCUCUCCCACCUUUCUUCGGCUGGAGCGCUUACGUUCCUGAAGGCCUAAUGACAUCAUGUUCGUGGGACUACAUCAGCAGGGACAGCAGCAACCGCGCCUAUUACGUGUACCUGCUGGUGGGAGGCUUUGUGCUGCCCGUCACCAUCAUUACUUGCUGUUACACAUAUAUCCUGCUGGCACUCUUCCGCCACUCGCGCCUUUUGCUGGCCCAUGUGCCCUCCAGAUCUACCUCUGCUCGUCGGACAGACCUCCGGACUGCCCAGAUGGUGCUGACACUCAUCCUUCUCUUCACCAUCAGCUGGAGUCCUUACGCCACCGUGAGCUUCAUCGGACAGUUCGGAGACGUGCGGCUAUUGACGCCCUGGGUGUCAGCCUUGCCGGCACUCUUUGCUAAGGCCUCGGUCAUCUACAACCCCAUCGUGUACGGCAUGAGCCACCCUCACUUCCGCUCUUCUUUGCAGCAUCUCUUCUCCAGUGUCACCUCCACACACCAACACGUACACUACAAAGCCUCAACUGCCGCGCGUCAUGUCUCCGUCAACUCAGUCCUGGCGCUGCCGGAGGACUCCCAGUAUCGCCCGUGGCAGUCUGAUGUCUCUCCCUCAUCGCGAUGUCCCACUGGGUUCACUCCUAGAGGGCACUCCAUGGGGCCGACACCAAACGAGGAGUCAUGGACGUGCUUGCUGAUGCCAGAUCUCACCACGCCAGCCACCGGGGACGUCGCCAACCUGUCAGAGCCAGACCUGCUGAGGCACGACGAUCGUAUCAUCCCAGCGCAUCUCGUCACCUUUGCCGCCUACCACCGGGAAAAGAGACGUUUCCUUCGCUCUGCUCUCUUUUGCUCCGAGUCGUCACUAGAGCGCUACGACAGACGUCCCACUCCACAGCGGCCAAGGCACACUUACGUAGGCGGCGGAGGGGGACUGCUACCCACCACUACACCCAACUGCGUGCUGGAGCAGACAGGGCCUGGCACCUGGGAUCAUAUGGCACUCCUUGCUCCCUCGCUGCCCCUCAAUAAUGAUUCCAUGUCAAUAGGUUCAGCCUCUCCUGAAACUCCACGAACGCGCCCUACGACCUACUGCCGGAGCCCCAAACUGGCACACUCCAAGUUUGUGCAGACCAAGAAGACCAAACGACACUCAAACUGUUGCCAGUGUGCCGCCGGGGAGCUGGCCCAGACCGUCACAGUAGCCACCAUGAACAACAACCGUCGCCGUUCCUCCACCAUUCACGUGUGUCUGCGGGGCAACCUGCACCAGUACGUGGAUGUGUAGCCUUUAGGACGCUGCUGAGAACUUCAUAGUGUGAUGUAUUGCGUCCUACCAUUACACAAAGUAGUGCACACGGAUGGGAGGCAGUUGGAUACUGAAACUUGAUUCUUGUAUUCACUACGCCAUUAUCAACACUAUUCCAAGAGGAUGAACUCUGGUAACCCCACAUCUUUAGAGCGUACUAAAGCCCCAUCUGUAAAGAGCGGCAAAGCCUUAUCUCCAUCUAUUAAAGUUCCGUAUAGUAUUUUUC